GUGACAGUAGCGUAGUAAGGAGCCUUCUCGUUGCGCUCUUCCUUAGGCUCGGCACUCGUCGACGUUGAAGAAUGAAACGGCCGAGAACGGCCGAGCGUGGCUCCAGAAGCGGCGCGCGACUCAUGCUGGACGUUUAAUGUAAAAAGCGAUCGGUUGAACCUUCUACUGUGGUUGCCGGCAACGAAGAAGGUACAUGCCCAUCGAGAGAACUAGGUCGCCCUUCGCGACCACGGUUUCUCCGAACCGUGGUCGAUAUCAGUUGGAAAAUGCAAAGUGACGUGAGAGAGGAGUGUUGACACAACGCGUGUAUGUCCCGUGGAAAGUGCGUGCUCUCAGUGUGUGAAAAAUCUGAUUUUGAUCGUCCACAAUGACGAACGAGAGACUGGAUCUGGAUAAGCCCCUGUGGGAUCUCAACACUUUCGUGGGAAGAUGGAAACACUUUGCGUGGAUGACUGACUUCCGUACUUGCAUCGUGUCCGAAUCACAGUUACUAGCUGCUAAAAAGUUGUGCGAGCAGUACAGGCUCGGCAAGGAGCCAGCCGGUACGACCAGAGAGCAAAUCAUCUAUGCGAAGAAGCUGUACGAGUCAGCCUUUCAUCCCGACACUGGCGAACUGCAAAAUGUCUUUGGCAGAAUGUCUUUCCAAGUGCCAGGUGGAAUGGCCAUCACCGGUGCCAUGCUCCAGUUUUAUAGAACAAUGCAAGCGGUGGUUUUUUGGCAGUGGGUCAAUCAAUCUUUUAAUGCUCUCGUCAAUUACACCAACAGAAAUGCUAACAGUCCUAUAACUACCAAACAGCUAGGUGCAGCUUAUAUCAGUGCUACUGCCGCGGCGAUGAUAACUGCGAUAGGAUGUAAAUCAUAUUGGGAGAAACGUGCAAGUCCUUUGAUGGCUAGGUAUGUUCCAUUCGCAGCAGUGGCGGCCGCUAAUUGUGCUAAUAUCCCUCUAAUGAGACAGAACGAAAUUAUAAACGGCGUGGAUCUCAUUGACGAGGACGGCAAAAAACUUACGAAAUCGAAGCUUGCGGCCAUAAAAGGCAUUACUCAAGUCGUUAUUUCGAGGAUUGUUAUGUGCGCUCCUGGCAUGCUCAUCCUGCCACCCAUCAUGGAAAGAUUGGAAAAAUACGCGUGGAUGCAAAGAAUUAAACCUCUACACGCGCCUAUACAAAUUAUGAUGUGCGGAAUUUCGCUUACGUUUAUGGUGCCAACGGCAUGUGCGUUAUUCCCACAAAAUUGUUCCAUCAAGGCGACUACUCUGCAGCGCUGGGAGCCAGAAAAUUAUGAGUUGCUGAAGAAAAAUUGCGAAGGUGGUGAAAUACCGAGAUAUUUGUAUUUUAACAAAGGAUUAUAAUGUUAUGAAAGAUUUUUAAAGUUGUCCCCUAAAUAAGCGUUAUUCCAUCCUUUGUAAAUGUUGUUUCAAUUGACGCACUCGUAGCAAAUCUUUCUGCUGGAUCAGAAACGAAACGCGCAUUUAUAAUUAAUAGAAAAAUUGAUAAUAAUUAGGGUCAAUCCUUUCACGUUAUUUGAAAAAUUACAUUCUGAAUGCAAUGCUCUGCACCGAGAUAUGAAUAUAAUAAUAUUAGAAAUUAGGAUUUAGACACAGAAUGUAAUACCAACAAAAAAAUAAAUUAAAUUUCCAUCAACACCCUAAAAUAUCAUACUAUAGAUAGUCGAGAAUCGCAAUGAAACGAUAGCAGAGAAUGAAACAUUGACAAUACAGAUUUAGUGCUUUAUCAAAAUAUACUCACACGUUUAAAAUUUACAAAUCUUACUUUUAGCAAUAAUUUUGUUUUAAUAAUUUAUUUUAACAAGCGCUCAAUAGUUUCUCUCAGGCAUUAGUAUUAAUCUAAAAGUUCUAUAUGUUUUACAAAUUAUAAACGUUUUUUCUGUGCAGAAUAAUCUUAAGCACAAUAUUAUUUAAUAUUAUUUACCUCGCAUUUUUUAAUGUCUGUCAAAGGUAAAUAUGCUGCCAUAUUUAAUGAUACCACAAAAAACUUUGCUACAUAUGUAAUUAAUAAAAUACAAUAGAAUAGAGAGAGAUAAUUUAUGCCAAUAAACGUUGUUAAAUAA